AUGGACAUCGAAUCCGAUAUUGAUAACAUUGAAGAAGAAGAGAAAGAAACGGUAUUAACUCUUCCAUCCAUUGUCGGUAGUCACAAGAAAAAAUUGAAAAAAUCCGAAAUAAAAGCCAAUAAAUUAGUUGAAAUUCAUCCUGGUAUCAUACGUUUAAACGGUUUACCACAUGGUUUCUUUGAACAAGAAUUAUUCUCCUAUUUUUCACAAUUUGGGAAAGUAACACGUUUGAAAUUAUUUCGUAGUAAAAAAACAGGUAAUAGUCGUGGUUAUUGUUACAUAGAGUUUGAAGAUGAAGAUGUGGCUAAAAUAGCCUGUGAUACAAUGAAUGGUUAUCUAAUGUUUCGUACACUCAUUAAAUGUCGUAUUAUUAAUCGUGAAAAAAUCGAUGUUGAAAAAUUAUUUAAAAAUUGGAAAACAAUACAUAAACCCAUGUUACCAUCACAAAAACGAACGAAAUAUAAUCGAACAAAAUCAAUGGAACAAUUGACAAAAAGCUUGGGUAGACGUGAGAAAAAAUUACAAAAACAACAAGAAUUACUUGAUCAAAUGGGUAUCAAAUAUCAAUUACAAGAUUUUAUACCAUUGAAAAGUGAUACAAAAAGUGAAGUAGUGGAAAAGAAAGAGGUGAAAAAAGUCAAAUAA